CUUAUCAAGAUGCUUACAGGCGAGGGGAAUGCUCUUUACCUGACUGUCUACAUUGUCACCUUACUGACCGGCUGGCCUUUCAACCUGCUGGCUCUCCAUGCCUUCUACCAGAAACUGCGCCGCAAACCCACCCCCGGCACCAUCUUCCUCUUCAACCUCACCCUUUCCGACCUUUUCUUCCUCACCUUCCUGCCUUUCAAGAUCAUCCAGGUGGCCACCGGCAACAUUUGGAGCCUCCCUGCCUACCUGUGUCCUCUGAGUGGUCUUUUCCACUACAGCACCAUCUACACCAGCAUCCUCUUCCUAACUGCGGUCAGUGUGGAUCGAUACCUGGGGGUUGCCUUUCCGUUCUGCUACAAAAUGCAUCGCAAGCCAGCGUACGCUUUGGUGGUCAGUCUCUUCCUGUGGGUUUGCGCGUUCUCCCAUUGCAGCAUCGUCUACAUCACAGAGUUCAUUCGAGACUGGAGCGAGGCGGCCACCAACAGCACUGUUUGUUAUGACAAUUUCACCGAGCAGCAGUUGUCCGUCCUCUUACCUGUCCGCUUGGAGCUCGGCAUCGUACUGUUCUGCGUACCCUCGCUUAUCACUUCCUUCUGUUACUGCAGCUUCACCUGGAUUGUCAUGUCUUCUGCUCACUUGCACAAGGAGAAAAAGCACAGGGCUGUGGGCUUAGUCCUAGCCACCCUCGCUGUCUUCCUGAUCUGCUACACACCCUAUAACAUCUCCCAUAUCGUCGGGUACAUCCAGGGGAGAAACCCAGGCUGGAGGGAAGAGGCCUUGCUUUUCAGCACAUUCAAUGCCUGCCUAGACCCUAUCAUUUUCUAUUUCUCAUCCACAGCAGUCCAGCAGUCCUGUUGGAGGUGUCUGAGGAGCCUAGGGAUUAAGCAAUGCACAGGGAGCCCCUUCCAUUACUUAUUCACCACCUUUAGGUCCAGGAAAAAGGAGAGCUCCAAGGAAGUUCAGUGCACCAAGCUAUGAAUAGGGUUUUAAGUGUAAGAACUGAUAAAUGCAUUGAAACAAAAAGUAAACCAGUGUUCGCGUUAACAUGGAAAGAACACCUUAGACCUUUUUGGUUCACGGAAGAGGGUUUUUUUAAUUAGAAAAUAUGGAAGCAGGUUCCAUCCUCGCAUGAUAUUAAGACUGCUAAUGGAACAAAACUGAAUGAAACUACAUGAAAAACAUAACAUUAUGAAACACAACCAUGCUCUCCUGUGCAAACACAGCCACACAUCCACAUUGAUCUGGCAGGGAUGGAAAUUAUCCUUAUCCUUGCCAUCCGCCAACACAUUUUUUUACAGGCAGAGAUUUGCCCUGCCAUGCCACUGCAGAAGCCUCACUGCAACAGGAAUUGCAGUUACUGUCGGCAGCUAUUGGCAAAUUUGCUGAACUCAGGUCCAAGCGACAUUUAAAAAGAGACUUGUUAAAAUGUUUGCCGACCAGCUUAAAAAGUUUUUAAUUGUAUGUUACUGUAGCACUGCAAGACCCACCUGUAUCACUCCAGAAGAGUAAUGUUGGGCAAAAGCAUUUAAAA